AUGGCCUUGAGAAAUCAUACCAUGGUGUCUGAAUUUAAUUUUUGCAGAAUUACCCAGUCUCAAGGGUUGAGCUUGCUCUUAUUUUUCUUCUUAUCUACAGUAUAUGUAACAACUGUGUUAGCAAAUGUUGCCAUCAUGGUCACUGUGACCUGGGAGUCUCACCAGCACACACCCAUGUACUUCCUGCUCCACAACCUCUCCGUCUUGGACAUCUGCUUCUCCUCCCUCACUGCCCCCAAGGUCCUAGUAGACCUUCUUCCCAGGAGAAAGACCAUCUCCUUCAAUGGCUGCAUCACACAGAUGUUCUUCUUCCACCUCCUCAGUGGGGCAGAUAUUUUCUCUCUCUCUGUGAUGGCCUUCGAUUUCUAUGUGGCCAUUUCCAAGCCCCUGCACUAUGUGACCAUGAUGAGUAGGGGCCGGUGCACUGCCCUCAUUGUGGCCUCCUGGCUGGGGGGCUUUGUCUACUCCAUUGUGAAGAGCUCCCUGCUGCUCUCAUUCCCCUUCUGUGGACCCAACUUUGUGGAUGGCUUCUGCUACAAUGUCCCCCAGGUCCACAAACUUGCCUGCACCAACACCUUGGCCCUUGAGUUCGACACCUUUGUUCUGGAGGUGCUGAUGAUUUCCAACAAUGGCCUGGUCAUUACUCCAUGGUUUGUCCUUCUUCUUGUGUCUUACACAGUCAUCCUUGUGAUGCUGAGGGCUCACAUUGGUGAGGGAAGAAAGAAAGCCAUCUCCACCUGCAUAGCCCACAUCACUGUGGUGAACCUACACUUUGUGCCCCUUAUCUACAUCUAUGCCCAGCCCUUCACUGCCCUCUCCAUGGACAGAGCUGUCUCCAUCACCUUCACUGUCAUCAUCCCUGUCCUGAAUCCCAUGAUCCACACCCUGAGGAACCAGGAGAUGAAGUCAGCCAUGAGGAGACUGAAUGGAAGACUCAUGCUUUCUGCAAUGGGAUAG